UGGACCGACUCGGUCUGAAAGUGGGAGACGGGCAUAGGAUAUCUGGCCCGAAAGUGACUCGCAGGGCCUGUCCGGAUAAAAGCCCGAAAAAUGCCUGGAACGUCGGCCAGCUCGAAAACAGAACCUUAAUUUUGAAGAGCUAAACAUCUCCUUAAAGGAGAUGUUUAGCCCCUUAAUCUCCCCUAUAAAGUUAACUCCAUUUAAAUUAUGGUAUUUCCCUUCUCUCCCUGCCUCAUUUCUUCCAUUUCCUUUUAAUAAAACAAGUUUUAUUAUUAUAUGUAUAUGUACUAGUUGUGUCCAAUUGUAAGUGAAUUUUUAAAAAAAUGAAGGAAAUUUUUUUGGGAAUAGUGAAGUAGAUAAUGGGACAUAAAAAAUGGAGAGGUUGUUGUUGUUGCUGUUUUUGGGGGGAGCACAAACAAUGCGAAUUUUUUUAUUUUAUUUUUUGAUGGCUGGCCGGUUGUGUGUAUGUUGCCCUGACAGACUGAAUGGUCGGCUGAUCCUUUCUUUACUUCGCCAAUUUUUAUAAAAAAAUUUUCCUUAUGUUCAAAAGGGAAAUGGGGCAUUUUAAGGGAGGGAAGGAUUGCGCAAUAUUUUUUUUUGACAAUUUGAAGAAGAAAUGACAAAAAAGGGUAAAAGAAAAUGGUCAAAUAAAUAAUAUAAAAAGAAAAUUAAAUGAGAAUUAAAGGAGGAAAAUUCGAAGAAAAUUAGACUUGAAAUGAAACAAUUUGCAAAUGGCUAGGGAUCGGAUUAUUAGGUUAUAAACUAUAUAUUUUUUGAAAUAGUUACGGCGUGAGAAGCUCAAAUUAUUUUUUGAAUAUUUUAUAUUUACAGGGGGUUUAUGUUUACAACCUAAUUUAGGUACAUAUUUAUUUUAAGGUCUUUACAACCUAAAAAUGCCGAUUAGAGGUUUUAAUUUAAUAUAAAUUUUUGUUUGAGUGUUUGAAGAGGGUAGUCCAGCAUGGCCAUCAUUACCUCAACCUUUUUUCUAUCAAUAAUCGAAUAUUUCAGUCAUUCAAAAAUUGCCCAUUUACUUUUUUUAUUCUUUUUUACCUCUUUCCGAUCCUCAUCUUUCACUUGCUCCAACCAAAAAAAAUUUUUUUUUCACGUUUCUCCUUUCAAUCCGUGUGAGUGUUCACUUUCGCUUUUGUAUAGAAAAAUGAUUGUG